AUGAAGCUUCUCACUUCGAUUGCCGUGUUCUCAAUGCUAUCCGGAGCCCUAGCACGAGAGGGUGGAACGUGUGUGCCUCCCGACCCGGAGUACGUAAGGAACAACCCGGAUUCGCCGUGGAGAUGGGGGGAUUGUCGCAGAGUACAGCCGGAGAAUGGAGCCACCGUAUCUGUACCUUGUAGGGAGAAGUGUACAAAGGUAGCGACUUUUGUAUCACCGUAUGGAUCGUGCAAUAAUGGUGUCAAGUCCUACUUCUGUUCUAGUCUUUAUCCAUGCAACACGGAAGGCUGGGGUUGCAUUACUCACCCUAAGCCAAUCCCAGGGCACCCAGACUUGGGUUAUGCGAACUGUAGCCCAGAAUCUGAGCGUCCUCCUGCUCAAUAA